AUGGCCGCAAAUCAACGAAUGCGCGCUCGCCAGGCUCAUGCCCCUGGCCCAACUUAUCUCGCAUACACACCGGACGGAAAGAAACUCGUAACAGCCGGAGUCGAUGACUACUGCCGUGUGUUCACCACUGGCUCUGAUGAUGAGCCAGUCACCAUAGAUGAUUGCCAAGAGAAUAACACGGCGGUUGUCGCUGGUAAUGAUUUCUUCAUUACGGGCUCAGAGGAUGGCACAGUGAGCCGGUUUUCGCUUGAAAGUGCUAAAUUCGAAGAAAUACUAGUCCGGACUACGCUUCCAGUGCGAGAUGUGGCCCUCAGUUCAGAUGGGAAGUGGGUUGCUGUUGGAAGCGAUGAACUCUCUGUAAAUCUCGUGAAUACCAAAGAUAAAAGCAUGCGGACGCUGCGCGACCAGCCCCGAGCAGUGAAACACGUAUCCUUCGACAAGACUGACAACCGCCUCGCCGUAUCCUGUACCGAUGGCCAUGUCUACAUGUAUACUCUGGAUGGAGAUCAGCCCGAGAUGGACAAGAGGGUGGAAGGCAUGAUUAAGAGCAUGGAGGCAGAUUCAGAGUCGAGCUCAAAGGUGCUGUGGCAUCCUGAUGGACGAGCAUUUGCUACACCGACUGCGAUGCGACAAAUACAGGUCAUGUCAACGAGCGAUUGGGAACGCCAACGAGUCUUCAAAACUGGACAUACUGCCGAUAUUACAGCCGCUGCCUGGUCGCCUAACGGUGCUUUGCUGGUGACUACAUCGAGCGAUCUGAGUCUCAACCUGUGGGAUACUAAGACACAGAAAAUUCUAAAGAAGUAUGAGAAUGUCAAGGCGACCAUACUUGCCAUGGCAUGGCAUCCCACUGAGAAUAUACUUUCCUACACCAACAACGAGGGCGAACUGUUCAUUCACACCGACAUUGUACCCGAAGAACACAUCUCCCUUCUUCAAAAAGCCACCGUCUCCGCACCCUUCUUUCAUGAUCCGUCAGAGGGUCGAGCCGGUGUCCCGGCACCAGCGCAGCUCACAAGCGGCAAUGUACAAACUCUUCCAGGGCGGCCACGGCAAAGAAGCGGAACAGCCGACUCAUUGGAGGAUAUUCUAGGCCCAGAAUUCCAGGACGAUGAAGCACAAGAAGACGGUGACGAGGAAAUGAACGAUUUCGUAAUCGACGAUGAUGGCGCCGGCUAUGCACCAGCCAUCACUGCCGCAAAGAAACGAACCAACGGCCAUCUCGCAGAUGGGAUACAACCAGCAUCUAAACGUCGUGCAUACAGCUCCGCCCUUUUUCGUCCUCAAGUUCACGAGCCUUUCCAGCCUGGAAGUACGCCCUGGCGUGGAGAACGACGAUUACUGUGUUGUUCAUUAACGGGGUACGUCGAGACCGUGAGCCAGGAGGGUAAACAUCACACCGUGUCCGUCAAGUUUUAUGACGAGCAUACCUUCCGCAAUUUCCACUUUACCGACAUUUUCCUAUACGACAAGGCAUGCCUCAACGAGAAUGGAACCUUGUUCGCCUGCCAACCAGACAGUACUGGAGAAGGAAACACAGCAAUGAUAUACUAUCGGCCACACGAAACGUGGACGACACGAACCGAGUGGCGGACUAAUCUACCAACGGGAGAGUCUGUCACUGCAAUUGCGCUGUCCGACUCCUAUGUCUGUGUCACAACAUCAACCAACUACGUACGCAUAUACUCAUUGUUCGGACUACCCAUACGCGUCUACAGGCAGAAGAGCUCGCCGGCAGUUACGUGUGCAGCCUGGCGCGAUUACAUCCUCACAAUAGGCAACGGGCCUAUACAAAAUGACCUCAGCACACAGCUUCUCUACACCAUUGAGAACAUCAAGCACGACAUCGUCUACCAGGAUUCUGAUAUCCUCGCACUGCCACCAGGUACGACAUUGACCAGCGUCUUCUUCUCAGCAGAAGGUGAUCCAUACAUCUACGACUCGGAAGGUGUGCUAUUAACCUUACUUGGCUGGAGAAAUACUGGCCAAGCGCGUUGGGUGCCCAUGUUAGACACCAAACUCCUUUCCCGUCUCACCGGCGGUGGAAAAGAAGAAAGCUACUGGCCCGUCGGCGUAGCAUCAUCCCCAUCUCAAGAUGGCGGAAUUGGCGCAAAGUUCCACUGCAUGAUCAUCAAGGGCCGCGAGCAAUACCCCAGUGCUCCUGUCCCCCACCUCUCAGAGUUCGGCUUCGAGAUCCCGCUCAGCAGCGCAAUCGACAAGUCCAAGAAAGCGAAGAAGCGAGGUGGUGAUCUGAGUGACAUGGAAGACGAAGACGACGGCCCUACCCCUCAGACCAACGAGGACAAGCAGCAGGAACACGAACAAGCAUUCAUUCUCUCUUCCACUCUGCACUCGCAGCUCUCCUCAACGCUAUUGCACACCCGACCCACGGCGUCUCAGAAACAGGCUCUCACUACGUUGGAGGUGGCGAUUGAUCGUGCUUUGCUGCAGCUACUCGGAUUGGAAUGUCUGGCUGGUGAGGACCACGGGAUGAAGGCCCUGGAAAUUGUCAGUCUAAUGCGCGAUGCGAAUGGCAAGAUGCUCGAUCUGGCUGGCAAGGUGGCGUCGCGGUAUGGUCGUGAGGUGUUGGGAGAGAAGAUUCGCGAGUUGGCGGAGCGUAAGGCGUUGGCUAGGGAGGAGGACGAGGAUGAGUUGUAG